UCAACAAGAAAAAGAUGAUUUGAGAUGUCUCGUCAUGUGGUCGGGGCCCAGCCGCAAAGUUGGCGCACCCAGGAGGGGGCGCAAUGGAGCACGGGCCUGUGUGCUUGCCAUCAAGACGUGGGGGACUGCUGUUUUGCACUGUGCUGCCUGCCACUGUUCACCUGUAAGGUGGCCAGGAAGGCGGGCCUGUGUCCUCUUCUGCCGCUGCUGGACUGUCUUGGCUGCGUACCCCCGGCCUCCCUCGCCGUGAGGGCCUCUGUCAGGGAAAAAUACGGCAUAAAGGUAAAUGUUCACCUUUGGCUGGAUCCUCCCACUCGUGCUCUCUUCCAGGGGAGCGUGUGGGGCGACUGCCUGUACGGAUGCUGCUGCUACCCGCUAUCUUGGCUCCAGAUCUCCAGAGAGCUGAAAAGAAGAGCUGCAUUUCACGCCGCCUCCUCUUUGUCCUCCUCCUCUUUCUCGGACAAAUACACGGCAUUGACUCCCCUGCAGGGAGCGCACUUGGUCUGAACCACAGGGCAGACUACUCGGGACAAGGCAACAAGACAAUACGAAAAAUAAAAUAAACAUUUCUCUUGUGUGACUUUCAACAGUAUUUAGACCUUCUGCCAUCUUCUGGAAGAGGAUUCGAAAUUUCUGUCGGUCACUUUCUGCUGCUGGCAAAGUUAAAUGAAUAAAUGGUAUAGUUGGGAAAAGACUAAUCCGGAGGAUACAUGUUUUUCUCCACCCACAAAGACUCCUCGUUGCUCUCCCUCUGCUGGUUGUCGGGAGAAAAACAAUGAUUUUUGUUUGCUGUUUUGUAUUCAAAUGGAAGCAACACAAUCAGUUCUGCAAGCAUUUGGUGAUUGAUUGAUUGACAUGACUGAAUAAAAGAGGACCCAGUA